AUGUGCUCUUUGCUCAAAGGCGUUUUUUCAAAAAUUAAUCUAACAGUUCACGAACGCGUGCACACUGGAGAAAAACCAUACAAAUGUUUGGUGUGUUUAAAGUCAUUUUCUGUUAAACGCACUCUCAAAGAUCACGAACUCGUGCACACUGGAGAAAAACCUUAUAAAUGUGAUGUUUGUUUAAAGUCAUUUUAUACAAAUUCAGACCUCACAAAACAUAAACGCGUGCACACUGGAGAAAAACCUUAUAAAUGUGAUGUUUGUUUAAAGUCAUUUUAUACAAAUUCAGACCUCACAAAACAUAAACGCGUGCACACUGGAGAAAAACCUUAUAAAUGUGAUGUUUGUUUAAAGUCAUUUUAUACAAAUUCACACCUCACAAAUCACAAACGAGUGCACUCAGGAGAAAAACCCUACAAAUGUGAUGUUUGUUUAAAGUCAUUUUAUACAAAUUCACACCUCACAAAUCACAAACGAGUGCACUCAGGAGAAAAACCCUACAAAUGUGCGGUCUGCUUAAAAUCGUUUUCCUUAAACGGAAAUCUCACAAAACAUGAACGAGUACAUACUGGUGAUAAACCCUACAAAUGUACUGUAUGUUUAAAGUCAUUUUCAUAUAAAAACCUCCUUACAAUACAUGAACGAGUACAUACUGGUGAAAAACCCUACAAAUGUGCUGUAUGUUUUAAGUCGUUUACUGAUAAAUCAAGCCUCACAAAACACAACAAACGCGUACACUCUGAUUGAUUACCCUCAAAAAUAUAUUUACUCAAGUUUAUUUUCUCAAUAAUCGAAGUUUAUAAAUUUUAACUUAAAAUUAUAUAGUAAUAUAUUUUUUAUUUUAUUACUAACAUAAAAAUGUGUAUAUGUGCGUUACUUAUUUCAAUCAAUGUUUAUUGAAACAUAUUUUUAUACUUCUGGAGCAAAAUGUAUUUUUAAUUAUAUUGUUAGAUAUUGUGUUUAAUCAGUGCACGUUAAAUAUUGUAAGCUACUAGACACUAGUGUUUGUAAUGAUUAAAUAAAACU